UUUAGAUAUGGAUGCACUUUUUAUUGAAAAGUUAAAAAAAGUAAGAGUGGUGGGGUCAGGUGCAUCUGGAACGGUUUAUCUUUGUACAGAUGAAAAUACAGGCAGAAGAUUAGCUAUGAAAUGUAUUGAGACUGGAGAUAUUGACAAUAAUGUUAAUGCAAAGCAAGAAUUUGAAAAAGUUCAAGAUGAAAUUUCACUUUUUCAAACAUUAAAUCAUGAACGAAUUGUGCACUACUAUGGUUCAACCUAUACUAACACAACAGUCUCUAUUGUAAUGGAAUUCAUGGAAGGGGGAUCUCUUUACAACAAAAUAGCAAAUGAAGGUGCUUUAGAUGAAAACACAGCAUCAGAAAAAUCUUAUCAAAUUCUUUGUGGAUUGGAAUACUUACACAGUAAAAAUAUUGUACACAGAGAUAUCAAAAGUAAAGUUCAAAGUUAUGAGUUUGGGUAUUAUGUUACUAUUAAGCUUCAGUAG